AUGAAAAGUCAUAUCUCAAUAGAAACAGCUAAAGUCAUUAAGGAGCGCCGGGAACUAAAGCAGGGAGGUCUAUCCAGUUCCGAGCAGUGGGAGCGAUAUUCGCAGCUGAGCCGUGAAGUUCAGCGAAGAUGCAGGCAGGACUACAACGCUUAUAUCAACAACAUUUGUGAGGACCUGGAACAGCACUCCUUGAAACAUGAGACCAAGGAUCUUAUCAAUCAAAAGCUAAAGUUGUUGACCAGAUCUAAACCGAUGGAAACAUGUGUGGUCAAGGACGAAAGAUGGGCGACUGCUAACGGAGAUGGAUCACGUUCUGGAACGAUGGCGAAAAUACUGCGCGCAACUUUA